CGCCCACUCGCCGGCUGGCGUCGGAUGGGUGCGACGAACGACAGCAUUUUCGAAUCCACCGACGAACCAUGGAAAGCGCACUGCAUGCUGCAUGGGCCGCGUCCUACGACGCAUGGAUCGACGUCCCGGGCCAUGCUGGCGUCAUCUACAACCGCCCAGGUGCGGCCAGCGAAGGCGCCGUCGCGUACCCCGAUUCUGUCUUGGCCUCGCACCUCUUUGCCAUCAUGGCGUGGAACCCCAUGGGCCUUCGCGCAUCCGACGACGACAACGAUCGCGCGCACAAGGCACUGAUCGCCGACAUUCGGUCGCUGCCUCUGGCGCCCGGCUUUUGGGUCGCGCCUUUCUUUGGCUUCUCCGAGAAGUGGCGCGAGCCCGGGUUCGUCGUCGCUUGCCCCGUCGACGAUACCCGCGCUGUGGCCUCGACCCGAGAGGUAGUGUUAGCAUUAGCAGCCAAGUACGAGCAAGGUGCCAUUUACGAGUACACGCCGGUGCCAAACCAGCGCCACGUGCUUUUGCGCAAAACCGUUCACUGCCUCUCGUCCCCGGAUGUCGACGCUGACGUCUUCCUCGUCCAGGCGUCGCGCCCGGACACGCCAAUGGCCGAGCCACACAUCGAUCCUUCCGACAAAUAGCUAGUUACCGACUCUUUUUGUUGGCUUUCUAAUCGC